AUGCUUGAUCUAGAUAGCUGGGUGGAUGAAUUUCAUGCCGGAAAUGAACAGAAAGCGGUGAAUCAAGACACCUGUAACGCCGCUGCGGGAUCUUCACCCUCUCCGUUGAGUGUUGAUGUCAUCACGUUGGCAUAUCGUCUGCGUACACCCUGCUGUGUCCGACACACCUUACCGUCCGAUUGUCCGGUGGGGUGCGUGGCGUCACCAUGGUGUCUCGCUGGACUCAGCACCUUGUCAACAAAUAACACUACACUACAAGAUUUUGUAGCGGACCUUUUGGGUGAUGAUACGUCCCUUGCAUCGUCGCAUCAACCGCAGCUGCAACGGGGUGAACAUGGGCCAAAUGACGGUGAUUCUCCUGCAGACACCUCCUCAGUAGACGUCUACAAAUACCCUAUUCGGAGAGGCAUACGUGACUUGGGUAACACCUGUUAUUUGAACGCUGUGCUGCAGAUGCUCUUCCACAUCCCUGCAGUACGGGAUGAAGUGUUACGGGCGUCUGCUUCGUUCCCUGUCGCUGCCCACAACUCUGCAAAGAAGAUUACGCCCCUUCUGGCAUCAGGCUUAGGUGAGUUGUUCGCUGAGAUGGCGUACAGUCGCGAUGAGAGAGGUGUGGAUGCCGAACGCUUUGCGACUUUCCUUUCCAUCGAUAAGGGGAUCCAGCAGGAUGCCCAAGAGUUCUUCGUGUUACUAAUUAACUGGCUUCAGCGAGAGGUAGGAGAUGCUGUAAGACACGUCUUUGAGGGCACCAUUUUGCAUGAUCGAGAGUGCAGCAAGUGUGGUCGAUCGUGUAAGCGAGCCGAGCCCUUCUCCUUCCUUUCGCUCCCGGUGAGGCAGAGCAUCGAGGAGUCGCUGGAGGAGUUACUCCGCGUCCAUGAAGUGCAAGGUUUUAAAUGCGAGGAAUGUGGUGCUGUAACGAGUGCAUUUUCGCGUCUGCAUAUUCGAACGUUACCUGACGUUCUUGUGGUUCAUUUUAACCGGUUUAGUUUCAGUCUGCAGGAGAAGAGGCGGGAAAAAAUAACACGAUCAGUUAGUUUUCCGAUUGAGUGGGAUCUUACACCGUACAAAGAUAGGUGGAGGCAAGUGCAAAAGCAAACGGCGAGUAAUAAUAGUGGUGUCGCCGAUUCUGUAGUAGAAGCCCGUUCGAACGCUGCACAGCUUUACAGGCUUGUCGGCGUUGUCAACCAUCACGGUGAGGCUGCAGUGUGUGGACACUACACCUACCACGGGAAAAUGGACGGCCACGGUGGAUGGUAUCAAUUUGAUAAUGCAGUAGUGACGAGGCUACAGCGCUUUCAUGGGACGCGGGCUUCGUCCAAAGAGGCCUAUAUGUUAGUGUACGAACGGCAUGCGCAUCCAACAAACAACCCAUUGACUUCUGCUGAAGAAGACGUUGAGAGGGCGGGGUCACUGGACACAACUAUCAUCUUGCCCCCUCAUCUGCAAAAUCAUAUCGAACGCCUAAAUCACGAAGUGGAGAAGGUCCGACAGGCUAGGCAGUUGCAGCGGUCGGUUGUGAUGAAUUUCCUGAAGCAGUGGAAAGAUGUGGCCGAUGAUAUCUUUUACCGCAGCGCGCGACGUAAGGGUCAUCCAAUAGCCGUUAUGGAGGAGUGUGAAGAUCUUACACAGUACGUAGCAUUUCCCACUCGAUGGAUGAAGCUCUUCGGUCGCUGUUUCAUUCCCUCUUAUAUUGAUACAAAUCGUUAUUGUAGUUUCGAGAGAGGAAUGAAGCGCCAUCGCCGGAACUCGAGCAAAUCGGCGGUUGAAUUAAGUAAUGAGUUGCCGGCGGCUGGUAGCGAUAGCAAAGAAGUUGAAGACAAUGCACCACUGGUGGCCGCGGAGAUGGUUCUUGACACCACAAAAGGAGCGAUGCCAGGGGACUGCGUUCUGAUCAAGAGCAUUUAUAAGUCUACACUAACAGACUACUUGGAGGACGUGCGUUGCCCUCACGGAAAAUUAGCACCAUGGGGUCAGUACAAACUUCUGUCAGGAGCUUCGGCCAGGAGAUUGAAUAGUUUUCUCAACAGCGUACCCUCGUUGCUCACUUCUCUAACUACUGUUGGUGAGUUUACUCCCUUCAAGGGGUGGAAACUUAGUGAGUACAUUUGCGAGGAAUGCGUCAAACGCAUGUCGAAGGAGGUCCAGCGGAUAAAGACGUCAUGGAAUGAGGACAUGGAGAUUCAGACCGCUGUCACCCCUACGUCCAAGUUUGCUGAACGUGAAGACGCCGACGAGUUGGUAUACGUGAGUGUGGAAGCGGUGGAACACUGGGAACAGAUGCUAAAGGUGACUGAAAAGUAUCGGUACAUUGUGAAGCAACAGGGAUUCACGGGUCUUGUAGUUGCGAUGAAAGCAAGAAGCGAGGAUGUGGACACCGAAGUGAUACCACUGCCGUCUCCGUCGAAGCUUCUGUGUGAACACCAACUUCUUUCCUCAGUUGCGGCAGUUCGCGAGGUUCCAGCAUCUGUUUGGCAUCUCCUCAAGAAGCGUAUCUUGCAACUGUUCUAUGGUGACAGUGUCAGCGUCAAGCAUACCCUCACCCCUUCAGUGAAGGCACAUAUGGAAAUGUUACUUCCCUACCUCCCUGUCAGUCGCACAGGCAAGUGCCUGGAAUGCAUUCAAAACAAAAUGAGGAUGAUGAUGGAGCGCCACAGUGCUAAGAUGGAAAAGUUAAACGAAGGAAAGCGUUUUUCUACGCUUGUAGAGGCUAGUCGGGUGAUGGCACUUCCUUCUGUGGAGGUUCGUAUUCGACAUCCCAACACGCUCGUGUGGAAACGAGAUAUUAAGCGCUCGUAUCGUCGCUGUUACCGCACGUGGGAAAGGGAGCAAGAGGACAAGAUCACGGCAGUUGAAGCUCGAAUUAAGAGUCUGAAGGAGGUGGGGGGACAACGGGAGAAAAAACAGAGGACCCUCCCCACGCCGCCUGUAAGGUGCGACAGAAAGCAGUCACAAGAACCGUCGGACAGUCAACAAGUCUGUGAAGUGACCUGUGAAAACUCCCAAUCUAUCCCUGAUGUUAUGGAAGUUCCCUCACCUUUGCAAUCGGCCUGUGACGAACUCGCUGCACUCCGUGCAGCGACACCCCCAGAUGUUUCCGCUGUGUAUGGUUGUAUCCCAACAUGGUGGGUAGCGCGGUGGUACAAAUGGUAUACAAAUGAUGCCGAUACGGGUGUUGGCCCACCACCUUGUGUCGACUAUUCUGCGUUUUUUUGCCAACACGGAGGCACGGUGCUGCCACCGAGUUCACUCAACCCCACAGACGCCCAUUGGAGCAAAACAUUUACCCUUGGCCCUAUUAUACGGGCAUGGAAAAGUUGGCUGAAGGAUCCAUCGGCGCUUGAUGUCGUUGAAGAGAGUGGGUCGGUCCACUUCCCUCCAAUCGUGCUAGUACCGCUAAAGGAGAUGAUUGCCGUGCUCGAAAGGUAUGGGGGCGAGGGACAGCUACUACCGGAGGUAACUGACUCAAAGGAUCUUGUCACCCGCUUGAACAAUGGCAGAGUUGUGUUGUUUGUGGAGCGAAGGGGGGAGCGCAUGCUUGACCCGCCGACAUGUGAGAUCUGCUCGACUGCUGUACUUGACGGGGUUACAGAGUUGUCUCGGGGCUUCAUAGAUGGCAGUUUACGGUUGCGUCUCCACCUUCGCCGCAGUAAGAGACAACACUACGAUGCUAAUGAUGUGCUCUCUGGUGUUAGUUACAACAUGACUGUGGGCAAACUGAAGGUUGAAAUUUCUCAGCGAGUGCUUGAAUAUCACGGCUACAUCCUACCUGUGAAUGACAUGAAAUUGCUCCUCGGGCGAAAGCCGCUUGGACCCAAUAGGAUCUGCAAGGAGAACACAUGUGCAAACAGCGAUGGAAAUGCUCCUGAUGGCGCAGCUUCCCCUUCUGUAGCAUCCGACGAUCGCAAUGAGGAGUCGACAACGGGAGCACUCUCCACGGUUGAUGUGGACACAUGUACGUUGUUUGAGUGCGGCCUUCGUGAUGGCGAUGAAGUAACAGUUGACGCCUCGAACACACCUUUAGAAAAGGUGCUAGUAAAUGACAGCCUCUGUAUUCGAGUGCCGGGGGCUCCAACAUCCUCCUCAGAAACGCCAACUGCAGAAGACGUUGCGGCAUUCGGAGCGACUCGACUGUACGGAGUGCUGGAUAACGUACAAAACGGGCGCGAGAGGAAGGCUCCAGGGCAGAAGGCAUGUGCAGUUUGCACUUACCUGAACGUUCGCGAAGCGGAGCGCUGUGAAAUGUGUGAAGCGGCACUGUAG